AUGUCGACAGAUGUAGAGAAGCCGUCUGAACUUGCAGUGAAUAUAAACACAUCAAAUAUCCCUAAAGAAGAUUCCCUAACAAUAUUUGAUAAACUCGAACAAAUAUGCUGUAAAUUCGAAAAUAAAAAAUUUUACAGAAAAUAUAGAACAAAGUCUCAGACAUUGAGUAUUCCAAAAUUUAAUUAUAAAUUUAAAAAUUGCUACAACUCUAUAGAUUUCAAUACUAUUCCAUAUAGCCCAUCAACAAGUAGAUUAGAAUAUAACUUUUUUGAGAUUUUCUUCAACUUAGUUAGGAAAGGGUUCGGAAUAACACAGAUAGUAGGAUCUAGCGGUUCUGGAAAGACUUCUAUUUGUCUUAGAAUAGUCGAAAACUUUCCAGGAAUUACACUUUACCUGGAUACUUGCGGCUCAAUUGAUCCAUUUACAGCUCCACAUACACCUAAGUUCAUCCCACUCAGACUUUACACCAGUGAAGAGUUGUUGUUGUUUUUGAGCGAUUUAGAGUCCCGGCUGCUAGAAGAUAAGGAGUUAUCUUCCAGGCUUAAAAUACAUGCAAGAUCAAUUGAAAUGAUAAUAGUGGACUCACUUUGGUUUAUUGAUCAUUUGGAUAAGUUUCAACAGCAGAUUUUUUUAUUUAAUUUAUCCUCAGUACUCAGGAGGAUAUCAUUCAAUUUUGAUAUAUGUAUAAUAGUGUGCAUUAACAACAGCUUUAAACAGAACAUAAUAAAGCCGUCAAUAACACCUGAAGCCAAAGACGAAAUUAAAGAUACAGUCUCAAGUUCCCAGACGACAAAGCAGCCUAGGAAUAUAUACAUAAGAUGGAAUUCUAACUGCAACGUACAAUUGCUUCUAUCGUAUAAAACAUUGAAUUUCAGACCGAGUAGUAUUACGUUAGAGGACGCUGAAUAUCCACUGUUUUACAGGAUAAUGCAAAUCAACUCCGGAACAUCUAACAUGAAAUUUAGGUUCAUAAUAAAUAAUGAAACUAUAUCGCUAGAGGAAAUUUUACACUAG